GCUGUUCAUUUGAAGCUGUUCUAUAGACGGCUGUGGUUUAUCAGCAAUGUGACUGGAUCACGAGUUGUGUCACGUGAUCAUACGGCUGUACUUAUGCUGCAGCGCACAGGAACUUCAUUGCGAAUGGGUGUGAAGAUGUAUGCAGUGUUGUGUGUGUUACUGUUGGGGACACUGGGAGUGUUGGGAGCUCCAGCUGAGGAUGAGAUUAAGUCUCUUCCUGGACUUUCCAAACAGCCGGGCUUCAAACAGUACUCGGGCUACCUCACCGUGGCUGGCAACAAACACCUCCACUACUGGUUUGUGGAAUCGCAGAAAGACCCGGAGAAAAGCCCGCUGGUGCUGUGGCUGAACGGAGGACCAGGAUGCAGCUCGCUGGAUGGCCUGCUCACUGAACACGGCCCUUUCCUGAUCCAAGAUGAUGGCACUACUUUACAGUACAACCCUUACUCUUGGAAUAUGAUUGCUAAUGUGCUAUACCUGGAGUCACCAGCAGGUGUCGGCUUUUCCUAUUCUGAUGACAAGAAAUACUCGACCAAUGACUCGGAUGUAUCUAUGAACAACUACUUGGCCCUCAAGGAAUUUUUCAGACUUUUCCCAGAGUAUAGCAAGAACGAGUUGUUUCUCACAGGCGAGAGUUAUGGAGGCAUUUACAUCCCUACACUAGCUGAGAGAGUUAUGGAGGACAGUACUCUGAACCUACAGGGUAUAGCUGUUGGAAAUGGCUUGUCCAGCUAUGAACUGAAUGACAACUCUCUUGUCUAUUUUGCAAAUUACCAUGGACUGCUUGGAGAGAGUUUAUGGGCAACUCUGCAGAAAUAUUGCUGCAAAGAUGGACAGUGUAACUUCUAUAAUAAUACUGAUCCAACAUGCUCUGGUGCAGUAGCACAGUCACAGCAAAUUGUCUACAAUUCUGGACUUAACAUUUAUAACCUGUAUGCUGACUGUGCUGGUGGAGUACCUUACAGUACAAGCGUUGAAAAUGGACGACUUGUUAUUCAUGACCUGGGCAAUAACUUCAUUAACCUCAAGUGGUCUAACUCCUGGAACCAGAAACUACGAGGAGUGGGCUCUGUUCUCAAGUCAGUAAAGCUUGACCCGCCCUGCAUCAACUCUACCCCAUCUGCUAUGUACCUGAACAACCCUUAUGUCAAGUCGGCUCUCCACAUCUCUCCUAAUGCACUUGACUGGGAGAUCUGCAGUGCUGAAGUCAAUCUUAACUAUAACCGUAUCUACAUGGAUGUGAAGAAGCAGUACCUGAAGAUACUUGGAGCACUGAAAUACCGUGUGCUGGUGUACAACGGGGACGUGGACAUGGCCUGUAAUUUCCUCGGUGACGAGUGGUUUGUUGAAUCCCUUCAGCAGGAGGUCCAAGUGCAGCGCAGGCCAUGGCUCUACUCCAAUGGUGAGACGCAGCAGAUUGGUGGAUUUGUCAAGGAGUUCUCCAAUCUGGCUUUCCUUACUGUCAAGGGUUCCGGUCACAUGGUCCCCACUGAUAAGCCCAUAGCAGCCUUCGCCAUGUUCAGCCGCUUCAUCACAAAGCAUCCGUACUAAUGAUCAUACACGUUCUGCACAUUUGGGUUGGAAUUUGCACUGAAUCACUGUGAUGUGCACUAGUCUGUUCUAGAGUAAUCAAAUUCUUGUGUAGGUAUGUUGGCUGAUUUGUGCUCGUGCUGUAUCCCUUUUUUUUU